GUACACAGAACUAUUUUAUUUAGUACACAACGCGCAGUCGUCGUGAACGCGCGUGUACCGUCCGAACAAAAAUAUAACUAUUGUGCCAGUGUUAUUCCCACUUUAAAUGUUUGAAUAGUGAUUGCCCAAGUCCUACAUGUACUUUAUUUGAAUAAAAAUGACAAUGGUGCCCAAAAAUUUAUUCACGGUGAAAACAACUUUAUGUUCCGUGAAACAGAGUUCAAAAUAUGCAAGUUCUGCGAUCAGGAAGCACAGUGUAUGGACUCAGGAUAAAGUGAUCAAGUCGCCGUACAAAAGUAUUGAAAUACCGAAGUACACUUUAUACGACUACGUUUGGCAGAACCUGGACAAAUGGCCGGAGAGGACUGUCUCUGUAUGUGCUGUCACGGGCCGCGGGUACACUUACGAAAAAGCUUUUAAACUGUCAAACACAUUCGCAGCAAACCUUCGCAGGAAGUUCAAGGUUCGCGAUGGGGAUACCGUGGCGGUGAUGCUCCCAAACAUUCCCGACUACCACGUGGUAUCCCUGGGGAUAUUGGAGGCAGGAGGAGUGAUAACCACCCUCAAUCCAAUUUAUACUGCCCACGAAGUCCAGCGCCAACUGUUGUUAUCUGACGCGAAGAUCAUAGUAACACUACCAGAGACGGUACCGACAAUUAGGGAGAGUUUGAAAAUGGCCAAAUUGAAUAUUCCCAUAAUCGUAGUAAAAACAAAUGGGGAACCAAUCCCUGAGGGAACAGCACUCUUCAACGAAUUGAGUGAAGAUGUGCACGUUGAUAAGUCUUGCCUUAAAGAAGUGAGGAGAGGUCCAAAUGAUAUCUGCUUUCUACCGUAUUCUAGUGGGACUACAGGACUACCAAAAGGCGUUGAGUUGUCGCAUAGGAAUAUCAUAGCAAACUGCGAACAAAUUAAUGAACCAUUAGUUAGAAUGCACAAUGAUACUACACCAUCUCACCAGGACGUGAUAAUAGGAGUGUUACCGCUUUACCACAUCUAUGCUGCGUCAGUUCUCAUGUUCCACAAGAUGUCUAUGGGUGCGAAACUGGUGACCUUGACGAAGUUCACGCCGGAGAGCUACUUGAAGACCAUCGAGAAGCACAGGACUAAUAUCGUGAUGGUUGCACCUCCGAUAAUACUACUCAUGGCCAACCAUCCAGCGGCAACUGCAAAGACAUUUGAUCCAAUCGACAGCAUUUGUAAUGGAGCUGCACCAUUGGCAGCCAGUGAUGUUGAAAGGCUUAUGAAGAAGGCUGGGCGUCAAUUGGACUUCAGACAAGGUUAUGGUUUGACUGAGACAUCUCCAGUUGUCACAAUAUCUCCGAAAGGACUGAACCGCUACGAAGCAACUGGACCACCCUUAGCAAGUACUGAAAUGAGAAUUGUUGACGAAAACCUUAAGAACUUGGGCCCUAAUGAGAGGGGUGAGAUCCUUGUGCGAGGUCCGCAAGUGAUGAAAGGCUACAGGGAUAACCCUCAGGCAAAUAGCGAGGUUUUUACCGAAGACGGCUGGUUCAGAACUGGUGACUUGGCUGUCGCCGACAAUGAUGGAGUCGUCACCAUCGCUGACAGACUAAAAGAACUCAUUAAGGUGAAAGGUUUCCAAGUACCUCCAGCAGAACUGGAAUCCCUCCUACGCGACCAUCCAGCUGUCACAGACGCAGCAGUCAUCGGCGUUCCCCAUCAAACCAAAGGAGAAACGCCAAAAGCCUUUGUAGUUCUGAGGAAUGGUCAGAAAUGUACUGAGAAGGAACUCAGUGCUUUUGUCAAUGAAAAAGUGGCUGCCUACAAACAUGUUGAGGACAUUACAUUUGUAGAAAGUGUACCAAAGAGUCCUUCUGGGAAGAUUUUGAGACGGGUUUUGAAGGACCAGUACUGCUAGUUUAAGUUCACUGUUGUUCUAUAAAGCAUUAAUUUAAACUCUGUUGUGGAUGGAAAAGAGUCUAUUAUGGUUUGUCCACGUCUAAUAUUUUUUAAAUACCGUUUGUUAGAUCGCCAUAUUGCGACUGAGUAGAUGCGUAUUUUUUCUCUUGUAUUUGUUGUUAUUCAGUGACAAUUGUGAAGAGGAAAUGUCUUUAUAUCUUCAUGUUGCCAAAUUAUCUUAUGUGCUCUUUAAUUUGCAUUAUAUAGAUUUUCAUCUCUACUUUAAUUAUGAAUUUUCUUUACGUAAUGUUUUUUUAUUCGGUUAAUCAGAAUGAAGUGCACUUAUUAUAAGCGAUAAGGUCGAUGUAAACUACGUUUAAGUUGUUUUUUUUUUUUGUAAAUGGUAGACUCACAACUGAAAUAAAAAUACGUAUUUUUGAUACUUUUACAUAAUUAUAUUAAAUAUGAAUAUUGUUGUUGAUAUUUUAGAUAUUAUUUUAAAGGGUAUUUUGGUAGCAUUUUUUGAAAGGCUGAAAGAGCUUUAAGAAAGCUGAAAAAUUAUUAAAGUUUAAAACUUUUUAUUAAAUCAAACGAAUAAAUUGAAUCUGUUUUUGUUUAAAUUGGGUCCUCAUUGUCAAAUUACGAAAUUACAUUGAUUUAAAAACUUCAAGAGUGUAAAUAAUACAGAUAUAUUUUGAAGAGUCAGGUUUUAUAUCAUACUAUUUUUAAUUUAAGUAUAUUUUUUUUAUUACUUUUUGUUAUUAUAUGAGGAAAAACAUGAAAGUAAACUUUAUAA